UUAGCUUCAAUUGUCGUUUGGUUGCGGAAGUGAAAUUUACAUGCAGGGAAAUUAUGUUUACUGUAAAAAUGUUACUCUUACUUGUGAUGUGUGCUGUCUUGUGUUCGGUGUCGGAAGGAAUGAGAGUCAAUAUGACGAUGUUCUCAAACUGCCAAGACGUGAAGCUGCCCUACGACGAGAUGCCGAUUUCGCUGGUAUCGGUAAAGUAUGAUCGCGAUGCGGAUGGAGUUUGCAACACGCUGCACGCCGAGUAUGACGUUAAGCAAUCGUCCGAAGACGUGGAGUGGGAACUGAUCAUCACCAGCUAUAAGUGUGAGCACCAAAACUCGAUCAUCUGUCUGGACAACCCGCAGGAGUACAUCGAACCGAUGCACUGCGAUCGAUUCCACAGCGACGACAGUGGUCCAUGGUUUAUGCUGGCCAAGGCCAUGACUAACGGGGAUCGUUGUGGAAGACUGACGGGUCGAUUUAAUCUGGAUGCUGCGGUGCUUCAAAUUAAAUACCUGGAACAGUACAUCGCCAUGGGCAAGGGAACAUACCGGGUGCGCAUGUUGUUCCACAUUCCCGGUACCAACUUGGACACGCUGAACGUGCGAGGCUGCUGUGAGAUGGAUUUCGAUGUAAUAGAAUGA